CAGAUUAAUGUUUGAUAUUUUUCUGUAAUAAUCCAGAAAAGAAUGUAAAAAACAACUAAACGUUUUCUGUUUCCAAACUGAAUGUGACCUCUGAGGGAUUUGUUUGUUCAGCGGUUUAAAUAAAAUCUCAGCCUCUGAUAACCUGCUGAUAAACUCCUGUUGCUUUAAGUUUUGUUUGUAAUAUUAGUUUGAAUUAUAUCAGCAGCGUGUAGGAGGUCAGGUUAGUUUCUGGAUCUCUGCUUUUUAAAAAUUUUAUCACAUCCGGAUUUCCAGAAGUUGAUUUAAUCCACUGUUUAGACUGUUGUUCUGGAAGUGAAUGCAGAUUAUUGCAUUAAAAUAAAUACACACCUUAUCUACAAACUUAAAUAAUCAUUUACCAUGACCUGGACUCAUAUUUACAGACGUACAAAUCUGUCUUUAAAAAAAAAAGAAAAGAACAAAAAAUCCACAAAGAGACACAAAAAGUCAAGAAAGUUCUGACAGUUGUCACUGAAUUACUUACAUACAAAAGAAAUCCUAAAAACCUGUUGAUUCUCGGGCAAAUUUGGCUGCAUUGGGCUACAACAUGAGCCCUGAAUUUCAGGCUAUAUUAGUGUACGUUUGGAAAAAUGAAUUUAGCCGAAUUAUUAAUUAAUAGCUCCUUGUUUAUAAUGCCAGUUGUCAUGUUGACAGCUGUCACUGAAUUACUUUGACACUGAAGAAAACUUUUAAAACAGAUGAUUUUCAAUGAAGUUCGGUAGCGUUCCAGUUCCUGCAUGUUACCUUUUUUUUUAGCCUAUAUUUAUUCAUUUUAGCAUAUAUUCAUUUACAUUUUUAAAAGUCAAGUUAGCCGAAUUAUCUUUUAAAAGUUUAGCUUUUGUUCUGUAACACUGACGUAGUGACAGCCGUCACUGAUUUACUUUUAUACUAAAGAAAUCUUAAAAACCUGUUGAUUCUCUGUCAAGUUUGAUAGCGUUGGGCUACAACGUGAAUCCUGAAUUUUAGGCUAUGCUAAUGUACAUUUGGAGAAAUAAAGUAAGCCGAAUUAGUUAUCAAUACUUCCUUGUUGUUAAACGUCAUUAGUCAUACUGACAACUAUCACUGAAUUACCGAAAUGCUGAAUAAAUCUUUAAAAACGAAUGGUUUUCAAUGAAGUUCUGAAGUGUACCAGUUCCUGCAUGUUACCUGCUUUUAGCCUGUGUUUUUAAAAAUCAAGUAUGCCGAAUUAUGCAAUAACAGUUCUUUGUUGUUAAACACCAUUAGUUAUCUUGACAAAUAUCGCUGAGUUACUUUAUGACUGCAGAAAUCAUAAAAACCUGUUGAUUCUCAGGCUAGUUCUGAAGCGUUGGGCUGCAAAUUGAGCCCUGAAUUUCAGCCUACAAUAAUUUACAUUUUUGAAAAUUAAGUGAGCCGAAUUAUCUGAUAAAGGUUUAUGUUUUGCUCUGCACCACGGAUGUACUGACAGUUGUCAAUGAAUUACUUUCAUAAUGCAGAAAUCUUUAAAAACGUAUGACUUUCAAUGAAGUUCUGUAGCGUUCCAGCUGAUGCAUGUUACCAAUGUUUUUAGCCUAUAAUUACCGACAUUUUUCAAAAUGAACUUGGCCGAAUAAUCCAUUAACAGUUCUUUGUUGCUAAACAUCGUUAGACAUGUUGACAACUAUUACUGAAUUACUUUGAUACCGAAUAAAUCUUUAAAAACGGAUAAUUUUCAGUGACGUUCUGCAGAGUUCCAUCCUUCUUGUAUAUUGUGUCAAAAUAAUGAACUUUUUUCCCCUCAUAAACACGAGAUAACACUUUUCUAAUAAAGAUAAACAUGAGAUAAUCAGUCACCUGCGAGCUUCCUUCUUUCCUGGAUGAAACGCGUGUCUGAGUGCGCAUGUGAAGUUUUCCGAGGACGCGCCGAAGCCAGCAGGAGUGAGACCUCCCCUCCGUCCUAUCUGCGCAGCCACCGCCGUCCCUUGACGUCACUCCGGUUCAUUUAUUCGGUGGCUUCCUGCUGAGUCUCCACUCCGUCUCCCGUAGCAGUCCGCGCUGCUGCUGCUGCUCCGCCGCACCGACGCACCGACAGCUCCACGGCCGGGGGGAAGCGUCCACAUUCCGGGUGGAGAACCGAGCAGCUCAGCGAACAGGACUGCAGCCAUCAUGGUGAACAUCCCAGAAUACUUUGCAGGGAAAAAUGUGCUCAUCUCUGGAGCGACGGGCUUCAUGGGGAAGGUUCUGCUGGAGAAGCUGCUGCGGUCGUGUCCAGACGUCAGGUGUGUGUACGUGCUGGUUCGGUCCAAAGCCGGCCAGAGUCCUCGGCAGCGGAUCGCCGACGUCCUCAACUGCAAGCUGUUCGAGAGGCUGCAGGACGAGCAGCCGGGCUUCGCGGAGAAGAUCGUGGCGGUGAACAGCGACCUGACGCUGCCGGACCUGGACCUGAGCCGAGACGACCAGAGCGUCCUGAGCGACGGCGUCCACGUGGUGUUCCACUGCGCCGCCACCGUGCGCUUCAACGAGCCGCUCAAGUCAGUCGCAUUCUGCUUCUGUAGCCUCCUGCUGGUUCGUCUGCUCUAUGUAAGUCUACUGUUGUCCUCCUUUGGCUCCAGCUGGAUGGAUGACGAUCUGGUGUCGACGCUGACCCCGAAGCUGAUCGGAGAGCGUCCCAACACCUACACCUACACCAAGGCUCUGGCGGAGUAUCUGGUGCAGCAGGAGGCCGGAGACCUGAACGUGGCCAUCGUCAGACCCUCCAUUGUGGGAGCCAGCUGGAAGGAGCCCUUCCCGGGCUGGAUUGACAACUUCAACGGACCCAGUGGGAUAUUUAUUGCUGCUGGUAAAGGCAUCCUGCGUACGAUGAGGGCGUCCAACGAUGCCGUGGCCGAUCUCGUCCCCGUCGACGUCGUCAUCAACGCCACGCUGGCUGCAGCCUGGUUCUCCGGAUCUCAGGCCAGGCCUAAAAACAUCCUCGUCUACAACUGCACGACCGGAGGGAUCAACCCGUUCCACUGGGGGGAAGUCGAAUACUGUAUAAACAUGACCUUCAAGACCAAUCCCUUAGAGCAAGCCUUCAGAAGGCCCAAUGUCAAUCUGCGCUCCAACCCCUUUACUAAUCAGUACUGGACCACCGUCAGCCACACUCUGCCGGCUCUGCUCUAUGACGGCUAUCUCAGGCUGAUGGGCCGCAAGCCCCGGUAAGGUUUCAACUGCCCCCUCAACUCCGUCCCAGUCGGCCCUUCACGUGUUCCCCACAUGUUCCCCACAUGUUCCCCACAUGUUCCCCACAUGUCCCCCACAUGUCCCUA